AGCCGCGUCGGCUUAUCCGGCAGUGUUUCAUCGCUCACCUUCGCUACAUUUUUUUUUUUAAACGAAUAUUAUUAUCCUUAUCAUUUUCUAUUUUUCCUUCUCCCCUAUCGUGCCAAAUCGCAAACACCGACAUCCGCGUCAACACAGUACCAGGCUCACUCAAAGGAGAAAAACGAAAGCGACCACCACCACAACGGCAACAGCAAAAACACGUUCACUGUUUUAUUUAUUAUUAUUAUUUUGACUUUCUUUUCUCCUCUCCCACAACCAAUGUCUUCUCUUCUUCCUACAGUGGCGCAGCAGGACCCGGAGCUGGCGGACAUGAUCGAGCUCGAGAUGGGUCGACAGUUCCGCGGGCUGGAGAUGAUUGCGUCGGAAAACUUGACCUCACGGGCCGUCCUCGAGUGCCUGGGGUCGGCCCUCACGAACAAGUACGCGGAGGGCGAGCCGGGCAGCCGCUACUACGGCGGCACCAUGUACGUCGACAAGGUGGAGAAUUUGGCGAAGAAGCGCGCGCUCGCCGCCUUCGGCCUCGACCCGGAGGAGUGGGGCGUCAACGUGCAGCCGUACAGCGGGUCGCCGGCGAACUUCGCGGUGUACACGGCGCUGCUGGAGCCGCACAGCCGCAUUAUGGGCCUCGACCUGCCCAGUGGUGGCCACCUCACCCACGGCUUCUACACCGCCAAGAAGAAGAUCAGCGCCACCUCCAUCUACUUCGAGUCGUUUCCCUACAAGGUGAAGGAGAACGGGCUGAUUGACUACGACAGUCUGGAGUCGAUUGCGCUGACCUACCGGCCCAAGAUGAUCAUCGCAGGCGCCUCCGCCUACGCGCGUGACUUCGACUACGAGCGCUUCCGGCACAUCUGCGAUGAGGUGGACGGCUUGCUGUUUAUGGACAUGGCGCACACCGCCGGCCUCAUCGCAGGUGGGGUGCUCAAGUCGCCUUUUCCGUUUGCCGAUGUGGUGACCACGACGACGCACAAGUCCCUGCGUGGCCCCCGCGCCGGCAUGAUCUUCUACCGCAAGAAGGACCGUCAGGGUAAGCCGACCGACUUCGAAAGCCGCAUCAACCAAGCUGUCUUCCCGGGCAUUCAGGGCGGCCCACACGAGCACCAGAUCGCUGCCAUUGCCACGCAGAUGCGCGAGGUGUGCGGUCCGGAGUGGAAGGCCUACGCGCAGCAGGUGCAAACCAACGCCCGUGCCCUCGGCGCGGCGCUGAUGGCGAAGGGGCACGAGUUUGUGUCCGGCGGCACGGACAAUCAUCUGCUGCUGUGGAACGUGCGGGUGCACGGUCUGACGGGCAGCAAGAUGGAGAAGCUGCUCGACGCCGUCUCCAUCUCCGUCAACAAGAACACCAUUCCCGGCGACAAGAGCGCCAUCACCCCGGGCGGCAUUCGCGUGGGCACGCCGGCGCUCACCUCCCGCGGCAUGAAGGAGGCGGACAUGGCAACGGUGGCCGAGUUCCUGGACCGUGCCGUGACGCUGGCGAAGGAGGUGCAGAAGGACGCCGGCUCCGCCAAGCUGAGCGACUUUGUCGAGGCGCUGGCGACGAACGCGGCGGUGGCCGCGCUGCGCUACGACGUCGAGGAGUUCGCGAUCCAGUUCACCAUGCCGAGCUUCGAUGCGUCGCGCAUCAAGUACAAAGACGGCCUGCCGGAGGAACACUAA